AUGGGUAAUGCUUGCAAACCGGUCUCCCACUUUUGGACACAAUUCGGCGGCACGAAGGGGAAAUGCAUCAAUGUGAACCAAUUCUUCCUCGCGUUAGGCAUUCUGAAUAUGCUGAAUGAUUUGAUCAUUUUAAUCAUCCCCUUUCCGCGAAUCGCUAAGCUCCAAAUGACGCUGCGGAAGAAAUUAGCGAUUUGUGGCAUUAUGGCCGUGGGAAUCUUUGUUUUCGUUGCCAGCAUCGUGCGAAUCUAUUUUCUCUCUGAAUUUAUGAAAGCCGUCGAUGUGACUUGGCUGAUGGGACCUGUCUUCAUCUGGUCAACCAUUGAGCCAUCUGUCGCAGUAGUUUGUGCCUGUCUGCCCCAUCUUGCACCGCUUGCUCGACUGGCUCAUCGGUCAAUAUUAUCAAGUUUGCAUUCACAAAGGACCACUGGCAUUUCUUCGGAAAGACCAGAAGGACUCAGUGGUUCGGGGCAGGGUCUCCAAAAGGGAAAUAAAAUCAACAACCGUGGACCAACAUUUGACUACGGGUUAGAUCAACUGAAAAAGUGCGCAAACGACGAUGAAAUCGGACUAACCAACUACGUCACUGUUGAUCCCAAUGGAGGCAUGCAUCCUUCAAAUGACUCCGUCUCCGAGGAUGGCCACAAUCACUCGAUUGCUGUUCAUUCAAGUUUUGUCCAGUCGGAAUCACCUAGGCCGCCCUGGUAA